CUGCAAGCUUCCACGAAUGCUUAGCGUCCACCCCACCAUCUCUGAGGGGCCGGGCACAAGACCAGCUCAGGAAGGUCAUGACAGGCGUGAUGGAUCUUAGAAAGUCUAUGUAAAAUCAUCAUACACCCGCUACCAAUCCUGAUGUGACACAAAUAACAUUGUUCACACUAUGGCACCCAUCGCGCAAGCAGUGACGGUGUCGCUGCAGGACCUUAAGAACGGGAAUGUCUCAUUGGAAGCUCUCCAUGAAGCUUUCGGGCCAGACUCACUCGGAAUUCUGGUGGUCAAAGAUGUCCCCGCCGAAUUCGCCAGGCUGAGGCACCAUCUGUUGUCAUACUCAUCGUACUUGGGGAAUCUGCCCAAGCCGCAGCUCGACAAGCUUGAAAACGCAAAGGCCAAGUAUUUGACCGGAUGGUCCCUUGGAAAGGAGACGUUGAAAAACGGCCAGGUGGACACGCUGAAGGGCUCGUUCUACGCCAACUGCGCCUUCUAUGUCGACCCGAAGCUGGCUUGCGCUGUGCCCACAACGCAAUUCAACCCGGAUAACUUCCCCGAGUACCUCUCACCCAACAUCUGGCCCGACGAAGACACCUUGCCUGGGUUCAAGGAGACAUUCGAGGACCUAUGCCGUCUGAUCAUCGACGUAGCUGUUCUCGUCGCGCGGGCAUGCGACAGGUUCGCGGAGAAGGAGAUCGUCGGCUAUCCCAGCGGCUACCUGGAGAGGGUCGUGAGCACCUCGACCACUACCAAAGCCCGCUUGCUGCACUACUUCCCCGACGACCCCACCAACGAACCGUCUCCGGUGGCGAUGCCGGACGACGUAGCGAACAGCAACGACCCGGACGAGGAUGACUGGUGCGCAACCCACUUGGACCAUGGCUGUCUGACCGGCCUGACAUCGGCAAUGUUUGUCGAUGAGUCCCAAGCCAAUCCGACGGUAGCUGCGCCCGAGAUCGAACCAGCUUCGCCCGGUCUCCCGGCACUCGCUCCUCUUCCCGAGCUCGAGGCGUCGCCCGAUCCGGCAGCCGGUCUAUACAUCAAAUCCCGCACCGGCCAGACAGUCCACGUCAAGAUCCCCCGCGAUUGCAUCGCCUUUCAGACGGGCGAGGCGUUGGAGCGCAUCACGCGCGGAAAGUUCAAGGCGGUGCCGCACUUUGUCCGCGGAGCCCGCGCCGCGCUGAGCGAGGGCCGCAUUGCGCGGAACACGCUGGCUGUAUUUACCCAGCCGAACCUGGGUGAGGAAGUGGAUAUGGACCAGCAAAUCACCUUUGGAGAGUUCGCUCGAGGCAUCGUUGCGAAAAACACUGUUUCUUAAAGGAUCGUGGGUUAAUGUACGAAGGUCGAGAUAGGUUGGGAAAGUAAGGUACUCAACUUCAACCUAAAAACGCAGAUGAGGACAGGCUGGUGCACAACGAGUGUCCCUAGUGUAGGUAUGUAACUUGGAUACUGAGGUACUUUUAUGUCUGAGGACAAUCGAGGAAUUCACUCUAGAUGGAAGCUGAAGAGGCCUGAGAACAGGUUGAGGCAGAGAUGGCCGAAUCGAGAGUCGCGUGAGACAGGCUCGUACCCUUGUCUCUCAGGCAUUCAGCUAGGGGCUCCACCCGCCUGGACUUA